AUGGCAUUUAUAAGACGGUACCGGGCGUCUGACUUUGAGGCCACCGCACACAUUUGCCGCGAAACACUGCCAGCGGACGUGUCGACGUCGCAGCUCCUGCGUCGCCUGGCGCCGUACAUCUGGACACACCCGUACACGCACCUCUCGCCGGGGACGUGCUUCGUGCUGGACGACGGCGGCGGGCGCGCGGUGGGCUACUGCAUCGGGUGCGCGGACGCGGAGGCCCUUGCGGCCGGGUACGACGCGUACGUGGCGGGCGUGCUGGAGCCGUCGGGGGAGAUUGGCCCGCCGGCGGACGGCGUCGACGCGUCGCGGAGGCUGGACUGGGUGGUCGACGGGCGGUUCUGCGAGGAUGCGCUGGCGCAGACGGCCUACUCGGGCCACUGGCUGCUGGUGGACGGCAACGAGCGUCUCCUGGCCGAGGGCUAUAGGGCCACCAUGCACAUUGACCUGCUGGGCGAGUGGCAGGGCAAGGGGGGGGGGGGGGGGGUGGGUGGGGGAGGAGGUUGA